UUCUCUUCCUGUGGCUCUUUAGCGUUGACGUCCCCUAGCGUGUGCUAAGUUUCUCGUUCAGUUAACACUUCCUUCCUCCAUCAUCAUGAGUUACUACGCACCACAGGCAUCUCACAUCUCCUUCACACGGUCAAUGCCAGCAUACCGUGCUGCCAGCACAUAUGGCGGGGCGGGAGGUCAAGGUACGAGGAUCUCCUCUGCAUCUUCCAUGUCUCUCCGUUCUGCCCCUAGAAGUGGGGGCAUUACUUCUUCCAGCGCCUACAAGGUGAGCUCUGCAGGCAUGGGCGCCGGCUCCGGAGGGUCCCUGAGAGCGAGCGCAGGGUCCACGGGGCCAAUGAUGGGCGAUGAGAAAGGCCAGAUGCAGAAUCUGAACGACCGUCUGGCCUCCUAUCUGGAUACGGUGCACAGGCUGGAAAAGGAGAACGCCACACUGGAGCAGCAGAUCAGAGAGGUCCUGGAGAAAGGAGGUCCAGAAGCCCGAGACUAUAGCAAGUACAAUGCCAUCCUGGAUGAUUUGAGGAGGAAGGUUUUUGAUGCCACUGUGGACAAUGCUAGUCUUGUUCUUCAGAUUGACAACGCUCGUCUGGCCGCAGAUGACUUCAGAGUGAAGUUUGACAAUGAGAUGUCCAUCAGACUGUCUGUUGAAGCAGAUAUUGCUGGUCUGAAAAGGCUCAUUGAUGAGACAAAUAUGGGUCGUCUGAACGUGGAGAGUGAAAUUGAGUCCUUGAAAGAAGAGCUUCUUUUCCUCAAGAAGAACCAUGAUAAUGAAGUUGGAGAGCUACGAAACCAGAUCACCCAGUCAGGUGUCCAGGUUGAUGUUGACGCCCCUAAGGGCCAGGAUAUGGCUCAAGUGAUGGAAGAAAUGAGGGCCAACUACGAAAAACUUGCUCUUAAAAAUGCAGAAGAACUCAAAAUGUGGCAUGAAAACCAGAUCUCAGACGUUCAGGUGCAGGUAGCUCAGAACACAGAGGCGUUGCAAAGUGCCCAAAUGGAGAUGAACGAUCUUCGAAGACAGAUUCAGACUCUAGAGAUAGAGCUCGCUUCCCAACAAAGCCUGAAAGCAUCACUUGAGGAUACAUUAAGGAACACUGAGCAACGCUCAAAUAUAGAGGUGGAAAAGUCCAAUAACAUCAUAUUACAGCUUGAAUCUGAGCUAACACACCUGAGAUCAAACAUCACAGAGCAGGGGCAGGAAUAUGAAGCCCUGCUUAAUAUAAAGAUGAAACUGGAAGCAGAGAUCAACACAUACAAGAGACUCCUUGAUGGAGGAGACUUCAAGCUCCAGGAUGCACUAGAAGAGGACAGAGAUUGAAAUCACAAAUGCCGACUUUGAAGAGAACAACAUGCUGAACGUGGAUCAAAACAUUUUGGCACUUGAGAUUCAAAUAGAAAGCAUUCAAAUGAAACCUGUGGCAAAUCGCUUUAAUCUUUUUCUAUUGGAAAAUCCACUUUGAAUUGACCUGACCAUCUAUUCAGCGCAGAUUUCUGGACACGUUUCAUCUCUUUUAAAGUUACUUUCUCUCAUCAAAGACUGUUACACCCAACACACGCCAAGCAAUGUGCGAGUUACAUAAAAGCAACAUUACGGCAUUACUGGUGUAUUAUAAAACUUAUAAUACGUAUUAUAAUGCCACAUCAUUGUUCAAUUAUACAGUCUUGUUUAAAAGCACAAACAUGAAAAUGUCAAGAGAAAUGUGAAGAAUUUUGUGAGAAAAAGUAAUAAAAUGAUUUCUACAGUGAA